GCGCGCACGCCGCACGUCCCGGGCUCAGUAUGUGGCGCGUGCCCCGCCAGCUGUGCGUGCACUUUGCGAGGGGAAGCCAGCUCUCGGGCCCUUGGAGUAGGCCUGCCGCCUUCAUGUCCUCUCUGCUCAUCAAUCAGGCCCAGUACGCUUGGCUGAAGGAGCUCGGGCUCCGCGAGGAAAACGAGGGCGUGUAUAAUGGAAGCUGGGGAGGCCGGGGAGAGGUUGUCACGACCUAUUGUCCUGCUAACAAUGAACCGAUAGCAAGAGUCCGACAGGCCAGUGUGGCUGACUAUGAAGAAACGGUGAAGAAAGCGAGGGAGGCUUGGAAAGUCUGGGCAGAGGUUCCUGCUCCGAAGCGAGGAGAAAUAGUGAGACAGAUUGGGGAUGCUUUGCGGGAGAAGAUCCAAAUACUAGGAAGUUUGGUGUCUUUGGAGAUGGGGAAAAUCUUAGUGGAAGGUGUGGGAGAAGUUCAAGAGUACGUGGAUGUCUGUGAUUAUGCUGUUGGCUUAUCGAGGAUGAUUGGAGGACCCAUCUUCCCUUCUGAAAGACCUGGCCACGCGCUCAUUGAACAGUGGAAUCCUUUGGGCCUGGUUGGCAUCAUCACUGCGUUCAACUUCCCGGUGGCAGUAUAUGGCUGGAACAAUGCCAUCGCAAUGAUCUGUGGGAACGUCUGCCUUUGGAAAGGAGCUCCAACAACUUCGCUCAUUAGUGUAGCCGUCACAAAGAUAAUAGCCAAGGUCCUGGAGGACAACCAGCUGCCUGGUGCGAUCUGUUCCCUGACCUGUGGUGGAGUGGACAUCGGCACAGCAAUGGCCAAAGAUGAGCGGGUGAACCUGCUGUCCUUCACCGGGAGCACCCAGGUGGGAAAACAGGUGGCCCUUAUGGUGCAGGAGAGGUUUGGGAGAAGUUUGUUAGAACUUGGAGGAAACAAUGCCAUUAUUGCCUUUGAGGAUGCGGACCUCAGCUUAGUUGUUCCAUCGGCUCUCUUCGCAGCAGUGGGGACAGCUGGGCAGAGGUGUACCACCGUGAGGCGCCUGUUUUUACACGAAAGCAUCCAUGAUGAAGUUGUAAAUAGACUUAAAAAGGCCUAUGCGCAGAUCCGUGUGGGGAACCCAUGGGACUCUAAUGUUCUCUAUGGGCCACUCCACACCAAACAGGCAGUGAACAUGUUUCUGGAAGCAGUGGGGGAAGCAAAGAAAGAAGGUGGCACCGUGGUCUAUGGUGGCAAGGUCAUGGAUCGCCCUGGCAAUUACGUAGAACCGACAAUUGUGACAGGUCUGGCCCACAACGCAUCCAUUGCACACACAGAGACGUUUGCUCCGAUUCUUUACGUCUUUAAAUUCAAGAAUGAAGAAGAAGUCUUUGCUUGGAAUAAUGAAGUGAAACAGGGACUUUCAAGUAGCAUCUUUACCAAGGAUUUGGGCAGAAUCUUUCGCUGGCUUGGACCGAAAGGAUCAGACUGUGGCAUUGUGAACGUCAACAUCCCCACGAGUGGGGCUGAGAUUGGAGGUGCAUUCGGAGGAGAAAAGCACACUGGAGGUGGCCGGGAGUCUGGUAGCGAUGCCUGGAAACAGUACAUGAGAAGAUCCACUUGUACCAUCAACUACAGUAAGGACCUUCCUCUGGCUCAAGGAAUCAAGUUUCAGUGAAGGUUUUUAAGGAGGCUCUCCAUCCUCCUGUGUAUCUGUUAAAGCCAUGAUAUGGUGGCCAAUUUUCUAGCAUGCUGGGGUGACUGGCAGAUCUAGUCUUACGUAUAGAAAUCAAGUAAAACUGAUUCUGAACGCUUUUUUGGAAACUAAUUCUUCAUAAUUUUUCUACACAUGUUUCUAACAAUUAUGAGCACAUAUUUUUGUUAUAAUGCUUAUUAAAAAAUUUUGUGCUUGGGGCGCCUGGGUGGCUCAGUUGGUUGAGCGACUGCCUUCGGCUCAGGUCAUGAUCCUGGAGUCCCGGGAUCGAGUCCCGCAUCGGGCUCCCUGCUCGGCGGGGAGCCUGCUUCUCCCUCUGACCCUCUCUCCUCUCAUGUGCUUGCUCUCUCUCAAAUAAAUAAAUAAAAUCUUAAAAAAAAAAAAA